AUGGAGAACUCAACUGAGGUUGUGUCUUUUGUGCUGGCAGCCUAUGGCAAUAUUGGAGAGUUAAAAUACCUGUAUUUCAGCAUUAUGCUGUUAUGGUACCUCUCCAUAUGUGUGGCCAACACAGUUGUUAUUAUGGUCAUAUAUGUGGACAAAAGGUUACAUGAGCCGAUGUUUAUAUUACUCUGUAAUUUAUUUGUGAAUGAAAUCGGUGGCAGCACAUCACUGUAUCCUCUUAUGCUCUCACAGAUGUUUUCAGACAGCCAUGAAGUGACCCUGCCCUGGUGUUUUCUGCAGAUGUGUUGUAUCUACACUUGUGCUUCUGUUGAGUUUUGCAUUUUAGCAGCCAUGGCCUACGACAGAUAUGUUGCUAUCUGUUGUCCUUUACACUACAGCGUCAUUAUGAACGCAGGGAGAGUAGGACUGAUCAUUCUACUUGUGUGGACGUAUUCAUUUGUUAAUUUUAUAUUCUCAUUUUCAUUUGUCAUCCGUUUGAAAUUUUGUGGAAAUGUCAUUGACAAAGUGUUUUGUGACCACCACUUAGUAAUUAAACUUACGUGUUCAUUUUCAGUACUUAACAACAUAUCUGACCUGCUUUUUGCCUUUGUGACUAUGGUGAUCCCAUUUAGUCUCAUUUUAGUGUCUUACAUGAAGAUUUUGGCAGUUUGUCUGAAUACCUCUAAAGAAAACAAGCAAAAAGCCAUCUCCACCUGCACACCUCAGAUUGUCUCUGUGUCAAACUUGUUUGUUGGCUGUAUUUUUCACUUUGUUGAUUCCAGGUUUGAUGUAUCUCAUGUGCCAGAUAAGAUACGCAUUAUUUUAUCUGUGUAUCUCCUGAUUUGCCAGCCAAUGAUCACUCCCUUUAUGUAUGGAUUUAACCUACCGAAAAUAAGACAAUCAUGUAAAAGAUUUCUGUUUGAUCGAAAAUAA